AUGGGGUCGGGAUCCGGAUGUUGUCCUCAGGGUCAGUGCAUAUGGUAUUUGUCGACUGUCGAGAAGGGCGAAAAAGCCAGACGCGACUUGGAAGAAGGGUUGAGCAAGCUAGAGGAAAGCAUAUUGCGAGAAUCGGAAGAUGGUGGAUUUGAUGUGGAGCUGACUGACGAAGAUGUGGUCUCCAGACCAGACGGAAGCAUCUCGGUCAUUAAUUCUGUCAAAUUGGGUAAAUCGUUCAAGGAGUUCGUUCCACAAGAAAAACUGACGUAUUUGUUCAAGCUGAUGUUCACUCAAUACACUUCUGUGGAGCCAUUUGGGGUGGUGAACGAGAAUGUUUUCAAGAAGACCUUGAAGGAAGGCACAGAGAACAGUGUUGAUUACCAAGUUCUUUACUCGAACAUGCCUUCUGCCGAAAUCUCAUACGACGGAAUAGUCACCGAAGCCAAGCUGUUGUACAGCACCAUUGUUGGCUCUGAUGACGACUUCUUCGAUGUGGACUUUGAGGACGACGAGGAAGACACGCUAGCAGCCGCGCGAAACGACUCUGCAAUCGUGGACGACGACGACGAAUUCAAAGACGAGAUGGAUUUCGAACUAUAG